UGCUAUGGUAUCCUAGCAACCCAAACAGACGACUUAAACUAAGCUAAAACAACGACGUAACCUCUCCGGUACUCUUGCAUUUAUCAGCCAACUUAAUGCUCAACUGAAACCCGUUUAAUUGAAUUGAUGGAAAGUAAUUGGAGCAGCUAAAGUAACGUUAGCUAACUGUUAAAAGGCGUCACAUGCGCCUUGUCUAAUGCAGGAGGAGAUGAACCACACUUUAUAUCCGCGCAUCUACGUGGAAAAAACUCUGUCCCUCAUCAAACCGGACGCCAUCCACAAAGCAGAGGAGAUUGAGGACAUUAUCCGGAAAUCCGGCUUCAUCAUAUUGCAGAAGCAGAAACUGCAGCUGAGUCCGGGGCAAUGCUGCGACUUCUACGCACACUUGUAUGGAAUGCCCCUCUUUCCCAGCUUGACAGCCUUCAUGAGCUCGGGCCCCAUCAUCGCCAUGACUCUGGCUCGCGACAACGCCAUCGCCCACUGGAAGUCCAUCAUAGGGCCCGUCAACAGCACCGAGGCCAGAGAAACUCAUCCAGGGUGCCUUAGAGCAAAAUAUGGCUCUUCUGAACUCAAAAACGCACUCCAUGGCAGCGCGUCAUUUCAUGCCGCUGAAAGGGAGAUCAAAUUCAUGUUCCCAAACUCGUUAAUUGAGCCCCUUCCCACAAGGGAAGCCAACGAAGUGUACCUGAACAGGUAUGUAAACCCAACUCUGGUACGUGGACUUACUGAGCUCUGCAAGAACAAGCCCCUCAACCCCUGUAUGUGGCUUGCUGAUUGGCUGACUAACAACGAUCCAAACCAGCCACAAACAUGUGAUGGAGCCAUUGUGGAAGAAAAAGAAUGCCAAGAAAUACAUUGUUUAUAAAUAAAUGUAUCAAUUCAGUCUUGUAUUGACAUAAUUGCAUUGCUAGUCAUUGGUUUUGUUUGCUGUCCAGGUGAGGUUGGCCAAUUAGUAACUAUUUAACUAUUUGUUCUACCUUGAAUACUGCAUCAGGGUGUGACUUGAUUCAUGACCUAAACCAAAGUUCCUCAGUUUAACAUGAGGAGAACAAGUCCUAAUUGUUCAGAAAAACAAAUAUCUCAGAUUUGUUUGUUUUUCAAGCAAAGCAACCCGUCUAACUGAGUCUCAAAUGCCAUCUUGAUUUUUAAUAGUUUAGCCAGUUGGUUGAAAAUUGUUCAUUUGAUUUAAUUGUCCCUUUAAGUGGGACUCAAACACAUCAUUUAUUUGUUGAAGUAGUACAGCUUGUAAAUAACCUGCAUGGGAAUAAAGUUGUUGAGCAAAUAAGUUACUGAGUGUCUUCAGUCACAGGAUGAGCGGUGACAUCGAUGGGGGAACAAUCAAUACCCAACAGCUCACGUCCAUCUAAUAUCGAACUGUCCUCCCCAUCUGGUGUAUCAACUCAUGAUCUGUCAUCUCUAAACAAAAACUGCAUACAAACUUAACAUGAUGGUGUUUAUUGCAAGCCUAUAAUACUAAUGUAUGUGAUUUCAUAAGUGUUUAGUAUUAGUCCAAUCCAUAUUUCCUAUUCCUUUAUAACUUUAUUGUGGUCCUUGAUGGAAGGUCACCUUUAUAGCGUGUGUGUCCAUGUGCACAUGAAGAGCUUGAUGUCAUUUUAUCCAUCGUUCAUGUUUGAACGGAUAUGCAAACAUCUACAUUGACGGCAGUUUGUACGCAGGCAGAGCACCGUUCACAGUGACGACCCUCGCGUCACUACUGUAGCACUUGAAUACAUCGGUAUGCGGUUCAGAAGGAACAGUCGACAAACAACGCUUAGACAAAUCAUUUAACGCAACAGUUAAAAAUACUGGGAUUGAUCAAUCCUAGUAUUUCUCAAUCUGCGAGCAGGGAGAAACUCCUUGGACGCAGAAAGGGUACUCCGAGUUUCUUCCUGUCUGUUAAGGGCGUGAACAUCUUCUGUGGAAAGAAAGUCACGCGAAUGCGAUUGGUCGCAGUCACGACUGACAGUAUUGUUCCUCCAAUCAGAUGGCGUCACCACAGAAAUGGAGUUUUUUUCUGCCGGUUCUAGAAAACCAACCACGAGUUGUCGUCGUGUGGGAGAAUCCAUCUUGAAGAGAGCUCUCCGGUUGUGUGACCAUUAUUGCAGUGCAAACAUGUCCGAGGCAGAGCAGCAAUACAUGGAAACAUCAGAAAACGGCCACGAAGUCGACGACGAUUUUGACGGGGCCGAAAUCACCGAGGAGGGAAACGACGAGAGCGCCGGGAAUGAGUGCGAGGAGGGCGCAGGGCCCGACGGCGACGCCGACGGCAACUCGCAAAACGGCGGAACGGAGGGCGGACAGAUCGACGCCAGCAAAGGCGAGGAGGAUGCGGGGAAAAUGUUUGUUGGUGGUCUAAGCUGGGAAACGAGCAAGAAGGAUCUUAAAGAUUACUUCACUAAAUUCGGGGAGGUGACUGACUGCACCAUAAAGAUGGACCAGCAGACGGGCCGGUCAAGAGGCUUCGGCUUCAUCCUCUUCAAAGAUGCAGUCAGUGUCGAUAAGGUUCUUGAGCAGAAGGAACAUAGGCUAGAUGGGCGAGUGAUCGACCCCAAGAAGGCCAUGGCUAUGAAGAAGGAUCCGGUCAAGAAAAUCUUUGUGGGAGGCCUUAACCCCGACACUUCAAAGGAAGUCAUCCAAGAGUACUUUGGGACCUUUGGAGAGGUCGAGACCAUCGAGCUUCCACAAGAUCCAAAGACGGAAAAGAGGAGGGGAUUCGUAUUCAUCACGUAUAAAGACGAGACUCCUGUCAAGAAGGUCAUGGAAAAGAAGUACCACAACGUCGGUGGAAGCAAGUGUGAAAUCAAAAUAGCGCAGCCCAAAGAGGUCUACGUGCAGCAGCAGUACGGUGCCCGUGGAUAUGGAGGACGCGGCAGGGGCCGUGGAGGCCAAGGCCAGAACUGGAAUCAAGGUUACAACAACUACUGGAACCAGGGAUACAACCAGAACUACGGCUACGGACAGCAAGGCUACGGAUAUGGCGGCUACGGCAACUAUGACUACUCUGCUGGUUAUUACGGCUAUGGGGGUGGCUACGACUACAACCAGGGCAAUACAAGCUAUGGGAAAACUCCAAGACGUGGAGGCCACCAGAAUAGCUACAAGCCAUACUGAUCACACGUAGUGCAGGUCUAAAGUAAAUAAGAAAAAGAGAUCCAUGGUCUGACCACAACCAACAUGGGCUCUGGCUUUUCCUUUGGAGUUGGCAGAAAUUUGGACUCAUGCUCCAUUUGUACAGAUCAAGUGAGGAACUGGGGAAGCAAAUGUCACUUUUCCACUUUUUAUUUUAUAUUGUUUUGUGUCCAUUUACAUUUCCAGUGAUGGAAGUGUUAUUUUUACUGUACUUUUUGGUACCUUUUUGAAUCUAAUGUAUUGUAUGGUUGUAUUUUUACAUGUCUACUGGAUUUACAGAUGAGCCGGAGCAAGAGCUUUUAAAGCUCAAAAUAAAACAAUUUUCUUUUUUUUUUCUUUUUGGUGUUUCUAGAUCUUUCGUUAUUAUCUCCCAUGCUGAAAGUUGGUUGCAUGGCUUUAGAUAUGGGUUGAGGCAAAAUAAGGGAUUUAAACUAAUCAAAGGGUUCAUUGUAAGCGUGUUAAGUGAAUGUUUCAGAUUGACUAGUAGACAAAGACAACCAGCAUUUUUUUUCUCUCCUUUUUUGGGCUUUUAAGAUUUUUUUCCCCCCAUGUCUGCAAUUUUAAGUGGCUUUACUAGUGUUAUCCACCUGAACGCAAGCCUGUUAAAUGUAAGAGGGUAUUCCCUCUCUCACUGGAAACUCAUUCCUCUAGUGUCUUGGGCAAAUUGAUAGAAAUAAACUUUGGGUUUAUAAUUA